UCUCCUCACUCAGCAGCUCCGGGAGAGAAGAAUGGGAAAGAGGGGAAUGAGCCUGUGUAUGCAGACGAGACGGCGUGUGAAAACAUGAGGACAACUGGCUGCUUCUAAACUACAUUUACAACUUACAAUUCCACUUAUUUUAUCAGGACUUUUCCUCUUUUUUAACCUGAAGGAAGAGGUGUUUGCUGCCUUUGGAGAACCCAGGAAAGGCGAGGACCCUCUUUGUGGAUCCCAAUUGACUGAUUAUCGUCACAGAGGUGUAGAGGGAGGAUGAAGUGACCCCCCUUGGCUGGCUUUGCAGGAAGUAGCAGAUACCUUGGAUAAAAGCCUGGUUACAGAGUUGAGUGGUGGUUUUAUCUGACCUUUUCGCCUGAGGAGGAAGAGGGGAAGUCGCUUCAGAGAUGGAGCAGGUUUCAGACGAUGAGCUGGACCAUGGGGCCGAGGAGGACAGCGAUAAGGAGGACCAGGACCUGGAUAAGAUGUUUGGAGCCUGGCUGGGCGAGCUGGACAAACUCACACAGAGUCUGGAUGAUGGCAGGCCGCAGAAAGCUCUGCAGAAGCCCCCACUCAGGCAGGAGACCAACAUGGCCAACUUCUCCUACCGCUUCUCCAUGUACAACAUCAACGAGGCGUUGAGUCAGGGCGACACGGUGGACCUGGACGCCCUCAUGGCCGACCUGUGCUCCAUCGAACAGGAGCUGAACACCAUCUCCAAACCAAACUCACGCGGUCAGAACAAAAGCCAGCGGGGCCCAGGGGGGCGCAGUGCCAGCACCAAGCACACAGGCACCAGUGGAGGGGGAAGCAGUGGAGGAAGUGCAAGCAGCAGCACCCGUGCGUCACCGGCCAACACGGUCCGAGGUGGCAGCGUCAACACUCGACCCGCCGCCUCCAACAUCUCCCUGGAUGACAUCACCUCCCAGCUGGAGAAGGCGUCCCUCAGCAUGGACGAAGCUGCACGCCAAACUUCCUCCUCCUCUUCCUCCUCCUCUUCCUUCUCCUCCACCACAAUGAGGAGACCCUCGUCGGGUUCGUCGGGAGGCGGUCAGCAUCGGAGGACGGGCUCGGUGGGCGCCGUCAGCGAGCAGGAGGCUCCGUCCCAGCGCAGCAGCGUGAACUCAGCGUGUGCCUCAGCGUCCAGCAUGGACUCGCUGGACAUCGAUAAAGCGAUGCCGGCCGGAGAGGGGGAGAGUCAGAGCGGCCCGGGCACGCAGGGACAGAACCAGACGAGCACAGAGCAUGUCACACUGCGGCGGGCCAACAGUAAGACGGCCAGGCGGCAGCUUGACUUCACCUCACGAGAGGGUGAAGUGGAUCGGGCCACUCACUCGUAUCUGGACCGAGAAACCUCGCUCAUUCUGAAAAGCAUAGCUGGAAAGCCUUCUCACCUCCUGACCAAGGAGGAGCAAGCUGCCAAACUGAAAGCGGAGAAGAUCCGAGUCGCUUUGGAAAAAAUCAAGGAGGCCCAGGUCAAAAAGCUGGUGAUCCGGGUCCACAUGUCAGACGAGAGCUCCAAGACGAUGAUGGUGGACGAGCGUCAGACAGUCAGGCAGGUGCUGGACAGCCUGCUGGAUAAAUCCCACUGUGGAUACAGCCCUGACUGGUCUCUGGUGGAAACCAUCAACGAGCUGCAGAUGGAGCGUAUUUUCGAGGAUCAUGAGAACUUGGUGGAGAACCUCAUAAACUGGACCCGAGACAGCCACAACAAGCUGAUGUUCAUCGAACGCAUCGAGAAAUACGCCCUCUUCAAGAACCCUCAGAACUAUUUGCUAGGGCGGAAAGAGACGUCUGAGAUGGCUGACAGGAAUAAAGAGGCAUUGUUAGAGGAGUGUUUCUGCGGUGGCACAGUCUCAGUGCCGGAGAUUGAAGGCAUCCUGUGGCUGAAAGAGGACGGCAAGAAGUCGUGGAAGAAGCGUUACUUCCUUCUCAGAGCUUCAGGGAUCUACUACGUCCCUAAAGGCAAAGCCAAGGCCUCUAGGGAUCUGGUGUGUUUCCUGCAGUUGGACCAUGUUAACGUGUACUAUGGUCAGGACUACCGCAGCAAAUACAAGGCUCCUACUGACUACUGCUUAGCCCUCAAGCAUCCACAGAUCCAGAAGAAGUCUCAGUACAUCAAGUAUCUUUGCUGUGACGAUGUCAGGACGCUGCACCAGUGGGUGAAUGGGAUUCGCAUCGCAAAGUAUGGGAAGCAGCUGUACAUGAACUACCAGGAGGCCAUGAAGAGGACAGAAGCAGCCUACGAUUGGUCCUCCCUGUCCACCUCCAGUAUCCGAUCAGGCUCCAGCUCUGCCAGCAUACCUGAGUCUCAGUCCAAUCAUUCCGGACACUCAGACAGCGGCGUGGACACUGGAUCGUCUCAUGGUCGCUCCCAGAGUGUGGUCAGCUCCAUUUUCUCUGAGGCCUGGAAAAGAGGGACCCAGAUUGAGGAGAACACUAAGCACAUGAGGAUGGAGGCGUCCAGGGCAAGCUCACACAGUCACCGCCAUCACAGCCAGCAUUCAGUCGAUCAUCCCGCUGUGACGCCCCCUCCCCAGCCUCAGCCUCCACCUCAGCCCCAACACCAUCACCCACCGCCACCUCAACAACCACCCAUACAGCACCAGACCCCGCCCCCUCAGCCUCAGUCACCUCAGCAGAUCCCGCAGCCACCUCCACCACAGAUCCUGCAGCCUCCUCCCCCACAGACACUUCAACGUCCGCCACAAGCUCCACAAUCUCCCCAACAAAACUUUAACAGCUACAACCACAUUCCCCCAGAACCCCAGCAACAAGAAAUGGCUCCACCUCCUCCUCCUCCUCCCCCGCCACCUCCCCCUCCUCCCCCACCACCGGUUCAGAUGGUCUCCCACCACUCACCAGCUCCAACCAUGUACAAAUUCAGCACCAUCAACCGCCUGCAGAAUCAGAAAUCCUCCAACAACGCCAACCACAAGCUGCCCAGUCACAUCCAUGCUCUAGGUCAACAAGUUCUGCCCCCAUCCCCGACUCCACCCCCUGCGCAAGCACCCGUCAAACCCAAUGUCAACCACAUUGCCGCAAGGACUAAUGUCCCACCUCCGCCUCCACCGCCUCCUCCACCACCACCAUCCAUGCCGACUCCAGGAUCAGCAAUGGCUGUCUUAAAACUGGGUCCUCCAAGCCCUGCUGCCCCGCCCUCCUUCAUUCCUCCACCCCCAGCACCUCCACCUGCCUCCCAAAUGAAUGGAGUAGCAUUUCCUCCCCCUCCUCCACCUCCUCCUCCACCUCCUGAGGUCAUGGCUCCCAUGAGCCACCCAGUUUACCACAACGGGCUGAAGCAGGCACUAAAGGAGCGUUUUCCCAGCCCACCACGGGAGCUCCUCUCUCCAAACGGAGGCAUUGAGGAAUCUCCGCCUCCUGCACCAGCUCCACCUCCACCACCUCCUCCACCACCACCUCCGCCACCACCUCCUCCUCCUCCCCAGCAGUUCCCAGUGCCAGCCCAGUUCCCACCUCCUCCUCCUGCACCUCCAAAGACCUUCAACCCAGGCUUCAUCCCGCAUUCUGCACCCAAACCUAUCUCUCCUGUCACCCCGUUCCCUCCUGCUCCACCUCCCACUGUCCUAGGUGGCCCAUGCCCACCCCCGCCUCCACCACCUCCUCCAGCAGCUCCUCUAAAGAAGCAGUUCAGCCUGCAGGCAGGGCAUACCUCCAAUAAUCCACCUCCGACUCUACCGAAGCAGCACAGUUUGUCCAAGCCAUCUUCCAUUUCAACAGGAGCCCCACCAACGAUGUCUUUAGUAAAGCAACUCGCAAGUCAGUUUCCAGGAGCACCAUCUCAAUCGGCCAGUCACACAGAAAGCCCCAAAGCCCCUUUAUCCCCGCCUGCAGUCAAGACCAAACCUAGAUGGCAGCCUGGUGGAGGCCAGCAGCUUCAGUCUCCAGAGUUCCCUCCCCCUCCUCUGGACAACAAUGCUGGCUUCCCUGCCCCACCUCCUCCUCCUCCACCACCACCACCACCCCCAGUCACUGGCCCAACUCCUCCACCUCCUCCCCUCCCUCCUGGAAAUCUGGGCUCCCCUAUGAGGAGGUCACCUUCUGGAUCCUCUGGUUUUGGAGGCAAGAAACCUCCGCCUACCCCACAGAGGAACUCCAGCAUCAAGGAUAACGCUUCAACUUCCUACGAGGAGAAUCGAAGGAACUUAUUGAGCAAAUUCGCCCCCAAAAGCAGCACCACAUCCUCUGCCUCCUACUCUUCUGGUUCCCCGUCUAAAGACCCCUCAAAUGGACCCCCAGCUCCACCCAAACCAGGCAAACUAAACCUUUCCAACCUUCCCCCAGCACUCCAGGCCAAAGUCAGCCAAGUAAAGCAAAUCAGUGGCGACUUCCCUUCUCCGCCACCAGAGUGCGCCUACUUCCCACCUCCACCUCCUGCUUCAGAGCUUUUCCCGCCUCCUCCCCCUCCUGGUUCUGAUGCACAUAGUGGUGGACCACCAAGGGUUGCAGUCGUCAACCCCCAGCCCCAAGCUCCCCCUCCUCCGCCACCUGUAUCCCUUGUAAGCAACUCAACAUGGGGGAAGAGCUCACUGAAAAAGACUGCUCCGCCAACAUUAGUGCGGCGUAGCAACACCACACCAGAUCCCCCUCCACUUUCACCCCCACCCACAUCCCCAAAGGGCGGCUCGGGCCAGCCUAACUUCCUGGAGGAUCUCAACCGGACACUGAAACGGAAAUCAGUGGGUCGCCAAGGUUCCCAAAACUCAGCCAGUAUCACGGGCAAGUUGGAACCUGCAGGAACUAUGGACGACAUGGCGCUGCCUCCCCCGCCGCCAGAGCUGCUCCUGGACCAAGGGAAGCAAAGCAAUGGAGGGAACGGCGGCUACAUGUCGGGAAACAUCUCAGGCUAUGCAACGCUAAGACGAGGACCCCCACCUGCACCGCCCAAACGGGGGGACGGCACGAAACUUACCGGAGAGUGUUGAGUUUGGAGACAGAUAAAGACAAUUGAAGAAUAUAUGGGAGUGAAUAUUCAUAAAAUGACUGUGUAUAUACUUCAACCUGAACUGGACCGUGAUCAGUUAGUUUUUGCUUUAUAGUGCAUUCUUUUGAAAGCUUGAUGUGCUUGAUCAGUGGGAUUUAGCAUCAUGAGAAAAUUAAGAUUAACACAGGAGAGUUUGAGUAAAGAAGUCCUAAUUUUCUCUGUAUGGUAAUCCCCUUCCAUCUGGUGCACCAAGCAGAUGUAACUAAACACUAAUAACAAAAAUAUUACUGGAUCCAGGUCUGAGCCGAACCAUGUAUCCGCUUCUCUGCCAUAAAUUUGUGCCACGUACUGGAUUGAAUACACAGCCGAGGAGCUUUCUGCUUCGGUACUGCAUGUAAGGACAGGCUGUUGAACCAUGAAGCUGUUCUGAUGUGUGUGCAUGAGAGAGAAAGACACCAGGACUGAAAUACAUGCAUUGAGUGCAUGCAUGGUGAAGUUAGGAGGUCAUAAAGCGCAGAUUGGUUAGGUUUGCUUUUAUAUGAAAUUAUUUAAUGAUUGAUAAAUGGAAGGAUUUUUUUAUGAGUUUGUAUUUUUAAAAAGCUGGUCAACAAAGUCAAGAGAGGAUCAAAAGAUUCAGGCACAAUGGAAUGUAUAUGGGAAGGCACAUUUAGAAGCAUUAAUGACUACAGACAUGAAGGCAGUGUAAAAGUAGAACUAGAGCCUGACUGAUACCUUAGUAGGCCGAAAUCAGACGUUACAGACGUGCUAAAACAACACAUAACAUGCUUGGGUGAUAUGAGUGGUGUUGUUUGUCCAGCAGAGGGCUCCAAAGGUUACAGUACUCACAGCACUGACGCUCAGUAAAAGUCGAUUUAUUGUGUAAGUCUUGAUAAAACUGGACUCUUUUGUAAUUCUACAUCAAAUUUCUGGAAGUUGGUGCUGUGCUUGUUUCAGACUGGGUGUGUUUUACCUCAAUUAAUUUCCCUGAGAGUGUCUUUAUUCACUGUAUAACUGAGCCGGGGAAAUUCAGAGUAAAAGCUCUCAAAUGAGGGGAGUUUCUCCACAGAGAUGACAUACUGGGCUUUAACUUUGAAUAGAACCAUCUGUAUCUUCCCUGCAACAUAUCCUACUGAUGAAAACAAGAUAAAUACAGCUCUUUAUUGAUCAUGUU